AGGAAUGGGAUUAUAAUGUUCUUGUUUCUAAAAGAAUUAUAAUGAUUAAACAUUUAAGAAAAUUAAAUAGGGCUAGUAGAGGGAAAAAAGUUUUAAAAUUAUUUCUUGAAUUUUUAAAGCCCCAAUUACUAUGAUUUUUUAAGAUGCAUUUUAAGGUCAAGAGAAUUUUUUUUUGUAUCUAGAUCCCUUGGGGAGUUCUGUACUAAUAUCUCUUACCAAUGCAUCUUUUUUUUACUUAUACAAGAAGAACAACCGGGAUAAUGCCAGCACUGUUGGGGGUAUUGGGGUAAAAAUAUAUGCAGAUUUACCCCUCUAAAAACACUGAGAUACUGUUUCCGUUAGACCCUAGAUGCAUUGUUGCACUUACUACCCAUGAUUUCAUAUAAACUGUGAAUCAAGGGAAUUUCAAUUUGAAUUUUUGGUUUAGUCCAUUGUGUGAAUCUUUAACUUGUAUUUGCAGAAAUGUAUUAUGCAUGAGAAACUGCACGCAGUUUCUUUUUCUUCCCUCAAUAAGUUAGCAAAAAAGGCAAAGCCAAGUUAUGUGGCCAUAUCAUCCAGAACAUAUGCAUCUUUCACCAGUGGCAUGGUUGGUUAUGAAAGUGGCGAUGGUAGUCUAUUCUUGAUAUCUUCCUCUAGUGGAACCAUAGAGUUGCUUCAUCAGAAAAUGAGAAAGGAUUCAACACUAAAGCGUUUUUAUAGUGAUUUUCGGCGGGCUUCUAUUGAGGAGAUGGAACAUGAAGCUGACUCUCCCUGGGCAUCCUUCAUGAACACCCAUUCAAUAGGUUACCACACUGCAACAAUAAUCCUCGUGAAGAAGACUUCAGAGGAAAUGGCUCGAAGUCCUUAGGUUUUUAUUCCGCAGUGCAGACAGAGGAUGGCUAGUGUGGGAUGUUGUUGUGUUAUACUCAUCUCACAUCGUCCGUGUACACCAAUAUUAUGUUGUUUAUAAUGGCUUGGCUUGACUUCCUCAACCCCUUGAGUUAAUUUCUAGGGGUUGAAUUGGGUCCAAGUUGAUUUAUUCAUUCACAUGGUAUCAGAGCUAAGGUCAUCAAUGAGGGGAUUGGCUGCAGUAAUUUGCGCUUCGUGCGAGGGUGGCGUGUUGAGUUAUACUCAUCCCACAUCGGCAUUGUUCACCAAAUGGCUUGGGUGCCCCAACCCUUUGAGUUAACUUUAGUGGUUCAAUAAGACCCAAGUCUAUUAUUUCACAUAUGUGUGUAUGUUACUAUGUGUAUUUAUGUGACAAUAUCUUUGGUUUGAAAGAUAUGUUUUAGAAGUCCAUUUUAUGAAAAUGUAACCUAGUUCUUGAAUCUUGUAACUAUUUAAAUCCUAUGGUUAUGACCACGAUGGCUUGAUCAUGACAAGUGUUAAACGCACUGAAUCAUCCUAAAUGAGUGUGAGUUCAUACUUAGUUUUAAUCAAUGAGGUCACUUGUU